CGUAGCGAGCCCAGUGAAGGCGCCGCCCGUGCUGGCAGAGCCUGCGGUGUCCGCCAGGGCCCUGACUGGAGGCGGCUGCUGUCCGGGUCGGGCAGCCCGGCGGCGGCGGAGGCAGCUGGCAACGGCUUUAUUGUGCGACGCGGAGCGCUCAGGCCCCCGGCGAUGUGCGGCUCGGGAGAAUGGCGCCGGUGGGGAGCGGCCGAGUGGGGCUGUGGCUGUGGCCAGGCUAGGGAGUGGUGGUGAGAGGCCCCCGCCUGUCAGAACCAUCCGGGGAGCCGGGCCCUGUCGCCCCCGGCCCGUCCCUAGGCCCCUCCCGAGUCUGUCACUGUCCUCUCCGCUCGCCCUGCUGCCAGGUGCCCUCUGCCCCGCCUAGGCUGUGCGCCCCGCUCCCCCCAACCCGUCCCCCGGUGCCCCCCCUCCCCGCCCUGCUGGUAGCUGAUCACUUCCCCCCCCCCGGCUCUGCCCUCUGCUGCCCCGCUCAGACUGUGCGCCCCGCCCUGCUGCCCGCUGCCCCCUUCCUCCCCCAGUCGGUGUGUCCUGCCCUUACUCAACCCCUGCAGUCUGUAUUUCUCGUCCGUGCCCCUGCCCGAGUGUAUUCCCUGUUCCCUCCCCACUACAGUGCCCCUGGUCUCGUCUGCGUCUCUCUCUGCCUGUGCGCCCCUCUUCUGGCCCCUCCAGAAACCACGAGGUCCUAAGCACUGGGAAGUCGCAAGACUGCGUGCGAGGGUGUUUGUGGCAGGAGUAACUUGCUUAGCCUGGUUCCGCUCAGCUCAGUAGAAAACGGGACGCUGAGGCCAGUGCUGGUGAGAUGACUUCUGGGCUCAGAGCUGCGAGUUUCCCCACGUGGAAACGUCACAUUGCAGAGGAGCUGAGGCGCCGGGACCGGCUGCAGAGACAGGCCUUUGAAGAGAUCAUCCUCCAGUAUAACAAGCUGCUAGAGAAGACUGAUCUCCAUGCCGUGCUGGCUGAUAAGCUGCAAGCAGAAAAGUAUGACUUACAAAGCAGACAUGAGAUCAGUCCAGGGCAUGAUGGCACAAGGAAUGAAGCUCAAUUGCAGGAAAUGGCCCAGCUGAGGAUUAAACAUCAAGAGGAGCUGACAGAGCUGCAUAAGAAGCGUGGCGAGUUGGCCCAGUCAGUGAUUGAUUUGAAUAACCAAAUGCAGCAGAAAGACAAGGAGAUGCAGAUGAAUGAAGCAAAGAUUGCAGAAUACAUGCAAAAGAUCUCUGAGCUGGAAACAGAGUGCCAGGAAUUGCGCAGCAAGCUGCAAGAACUUGAGCGAGCCAAUCAAACACUGAAGGAUGAGUAUGAUGCUCUCCAGAUCACCUUCACUGCCCUAGAAGAGAAACUGAGGAAAACUACUGAAGACAACCAAGAGCUGGUCACACGUUGGAUGGCAGAGAAGGCUCAGGAAGCUAAUCGGCUCAAUGCAGAGAAUGAGAAGGACUCGAGGAGGCGACAAGCCAAGUUGCAGAAAGAGCUAGCAGAAGCUGCCAAGGAACCACUGCCAGUUGAACAGGAUGAUGAUAUUGAAGUGCUUGUGGAUGAAACUUCUGACCCAGCUGAAGAGACUUCCCCAGUGCGAGCUGUCAGCCGGACAUCCAGUAAGCGACUGUCCCAGCCAGCUGGAGGCCUUCUGGACUCUAUCACUAAUAUUUUUGGGAGACGCUCUCUGUCCUCAUUUCCCGCUCCCCAGGAAAAUGUAGAUGUGCAUCCAGGUUCCAGUAAAGAAGUGAGAGUGCCCACUACUGCAGUGUAUGUCUUUGAUGCACAUGAUGGAGAAGUGAACGCAGUGCAGUUCAGUCCUGCUUCCCGGUUACUAGCAACAGGAGGCAUGGAUCGGAGAGUUAAACUCUGGGAAGUCUUUGGAGACAGGUGCGAGCUGAAAAGUUCUCUCUCUGGCAGUAACGCAGGGAUUACGAGUAUCGAAUUUGACAGUGCUGGCUCUUAUCUCUUAGCAGCUUCAAAUGACUUCGCCAGCAGAAUCUGGACUGUAGAUGACUAUCGAUUACGGCACACACUGACAGGCCACAGUGGGAAGGUGCUGUCAGCCAAGUUCUUGCUGGAUAAUGCACGCAUCGUGUCAGGGAGUCAUGACCGGACACUCAAGCUCUGGGACCUGCGCAGCAAAGUUUGUAUAAAAACAGUAUUUGCAGGAUCAAGCUGCAAUGAUAUAGUGUGCACAGAGCAGUGUGUGAUGAGUGGACAUUUUGACAAGAAGAUUCGCUUCUGGGACAUCAGGACUGAGAGCAUAGUGCAGGAGCUGGAACUGUUUGGGAGGAUCACUGCUUUAGACCUGAACCCAGAGAGAACAGAGCUCUUGACCUGUUCCCGAGAUGAUCUGCUGAAAAUCAUUGAUUUGCGAGUCAAUGCUGUCAAACAGACUUUCAGUGCCCAGGGAUUCAAAUGCGGAUCUGACUGGACCAGAGUCGUGUUCAGCCCUGACGGUAGCUAUGUGGCAGGUGGUUCAGCUGAUGGGGUCCUGUACAUCUGGAAUGUGCUCACUGGGAAAGUGGAGAGAACUCUUGCAAAGCAUCACAGCUCCUCUAUCAAUGCAGUGGCAUGGUCACCAGCCGGUGCCCAUGUGGUCAGUGUGGACAAAGGAAAUAAGGCUGUCCUGUGGUCUGAAUUUUGAUUGGAAGGAGAUGAAAGACAGUUUCAAAUGUCUCUCACUGGGAGGAUGCCGGUCCAGGGCUGGACAGAAUGGAGGCCCAAGCCUUGAUUCAUCCUUCAUGCAUUUGGGCUUCAUCCAAUGGGCUUUGCUUCUCAGAGGAGAGCUCUAAUGAGGCAAUCAAGGACGAGGAGCUGGAGGCGCAGAGCCCUUUACUGCCUAUAAGCAUGUUGCUGGCCCUCAGGCUCAGCAAAGGGUCAGCUGAUUUGGAUGGCGAAUACUACUAGUCAUGCCUUGACAUGCAGUUUCUAUGCACUGGAUGGAGCCGAAGGUACUAGCCAGAUUCCCUCACCGGACAGCUGUGCCAAAUACCCUAUUAUACAAAUGUACGUACAGCACUUCUGACUUGGACGUGUUGGAAAGACAUUUACCAUGUAUUCUGACCUAAUGCAUGUCCUGUUUCUUGUGUUCUGUUCCCAUGAAGUAGCUUAAGCAUGGGGUGAGGGCAUUCUGAAACAUGGACAGAGUGGGUCCUAGUCAAGUCUAUAAAGUGAUGGAACAGCUGUAAACUAAUUUAAAUGUUUCUGUUGCUCUGGCAGUUCUGCCCCCUGUGUUGUUGGUUGAGUUUGGGGCUUCUCCAAUUCUGACAUGGUCUCUCUGGCAGUUUGUAAUCUGAGAACUCCCUGCAUCAUUUUGAUCUGUAUUGCAGGGAACUGUCCAUUCUUCAGGGAUGAUGCAUCUUUGUUAAAACUCCCUCCAAUAGCUCCUGUAGCAGAAGUACCAAAAACUGGGGAAAGGAGAAUUUUAAUUCGAACCAAUAUAUUUCCUUUUUGUUGGCGCAAGGGGAGGGGAGAGGGGAGGUGUAACAUCUGCAGUGGGAGUAAUGGUGCUGCUGUGAUGAGGAAUGUAUCCAUACCAAGACUUCCAGUACCAGAAAAUAAAUGUAUAGUCUAUUCUGCUGUUCAUCCAUCCUUCUCUGUUGGAGGCCGUUGGUGGAGCACGGGGGAGCAAUGGGAUUCAAUCCUGAAUGUAAUGCUCUAAUGCUGGCAAUCCCUGGCCACUUGCCCCCUUUCUGAGCACAUGUGCAAUAUUCUCCUUUGUGCUUGAACCCUUCCUGUGCCAUCGAACAGGGUUUACACCCUAUAUCCUCAGGCAUCUAAAUAUGUGAGGUGGUUGGAGGAGAACUAACUGUGAUGUUUUGUAACUUUUAUCCAGCCAAACUUUUCCACCUCAGAUGGGCCUCAAGAUAAGCCACCAGCGUUCUGUCGCCUUUUUAUUUGCACUUUAUUUUGCUUCCUUCCUGAGCUUGUUUUCUAAGGAAGUGUUUGAUGGAUUAGGAAAGAGGGUUGUUCCUAGGACAGAGGUCUUUCUCUAACCCAGCCUUUCUUUCAGACAACUUCUGCAGAGGGGAGUUGAGAGUAUACAGGGCAAAACUUUUAUUUAUUCAGCUGCCCACCAGAACUUGAUUGUAAAUAAACCUGUGUUCUGCUUUUAAAACCCACAAA